CUGGCAUUCCAGCCGCCUGUGUGUAUUGAGGGGAGGAACAUGAGGGGGAGUGUCUGAUGCAAUAUAGUCCUACUCCACGGUCGACAGUAAUUGUAGCGAAAGUCAGUUCACGUUGAGCAGAGGGGAAUCCUAAUUUCGCACAGUAGCAUAAUUACUGAGAUAUAGUGUUCCGGCGUUCAUCGGCGCAUUCUUUUUUUCUUAGCUUGCACUGUUAGCGUUUUCCCUCGGAACCUACACGAUGUCGAAUGCAAACUGGAAACCUUUCAUCUUUGGAGGAUUAGCUUCGGUUACGGCUGAGUGUGGCACAUUCCCGAUUGACUUGACGAAAACCCGGCUACAAGUCCAGGGACAAGUCUGCGAUAGCAAAUACAAAGAAAUUCGCUACCGGGGGAUGUUGCACGCUAUGGCCAGAAUAUGCAAGGAGGAAGGUGUUCUUGCUCUAUAUUCUGGAAUUGCACCAGCAAUGUUGCGACAAGCAUCCUAUGGCACGAUUAAGAUUGGUACAUAUCAGACUUUCAAAAGGUUGCUGGUUGACAGUCCUGAUGAUGAAACUCUUCUGACUAAUGUAGCGUGUGGAGUUGUCUCCGGUGUCAUCUCGUCCUCCAUUGCCAACCCCACCGAUGUCCUCAAGAUACGGAUGCAAGCUCAAGGAAAUGUCAUUCAGGGAAGCAUGAUUGGGAACUUCAUUAACAUCUAUCAGCAGGAGGGAACAAGGGGCUUAUGGAAGGGGGUGUCCCUCACUGCCCAGAGAGCUGCCAUUGUGGUGGGCGUCGAGCUUCCUGUGUAUGACAUGACCAAGAAGCACCUGAUUCUCUCUGGCCACAUGGGCGACACGGUGUACACCCACUUCCUGGCCAGUUUCACAUGUGGCCUAGCGGGAGCGCUGACGUCCAACCCCAUCGAUGUGGUGCGCACGCGCAUGAUGAACCAGCGGGUGGUGCUGGACGGCACGUGUGGGGGGUACAAGACCACGCUGGACUGCCUGCUGCAGACGUGGCGAUCAGAAGGGUUCCUGGCUCUCUACAAGGGCUUCUUCCCCAACUGGCUGAGACUUGGGCCCUGGAACAUCAUUUUCUUCAUCACCUACGAGCAGCUGAAGAAGAUCGACGUGUAAGAACCCUCCGCGGUGUGAGGAAGAGGAGGAGACGAGGAAGAGCGGUACGCAAACGGCUCCCCAAACCGCACCGAGCGGAGAACUCAACGUCUCACAGAAACCGUACCGAGAGGUCAACCCGGGCUGUGUUGAUUGACAGGUAGCCAGAUACCAUCUCAUGCCAGUUGGGCCCGUACUCGCCCGUCCGCCCCUCCAACCAUAGCUGUCAGAAGUGCGUCACCACCCUACUUAAGCUACCCAGGCUGGGGGGGGUAUAUAUAUACCUCAUCACAGUAACCCCCACAAAAGUGGUUGCUUGCUCCAGCAUUGCUGGCAUUCUGCCCUAGAUACCCCAGGCUUCUGUGCCUCGUCCACUGUGCUGUCCGCGCCUGCGCUCUAAGGCCAUAGUAGAACAUGAGCUUCCAGAGCAGUUAUUUCUGGAUGCAGCUCCGCUGCAGCGUUUGAUUGGCAGCUUUCUGUCGCGGGAGGAAGGUGUCCCACUGGGGUUCCAUGUGGUUGUCAGGUGACGCCUGAUAAAGUUAUAGAUAAGGACGAAAGAUAUGGGAUGAGUACCAACACACAGGAUUUGUAUCAUGCACCGUUAAAACUGUAACGGAGAAUGUGCUGUUGACAUGUUGACACAUGGUCUAGUCGGCUAGACCUUUUUGCCCACCCCCACUCCCAGGUUACAAUGGCUGUUGAGAUUGGCCACCAUCUUUUAAUGUCAAGAAAUUAAUUUGCCACUUAAUAGCCUAGAAGUUACUAAACCAGAGCUCACUGGAUGCUAAGAGGUUUUUUUUCUUUUUUUUUCUUUGUUCGUCACUCUGACUUUGUGAAGGCUGUUAACAGACUACACAUUCGUUUUGUUCAUUUCUACUCAAACAUUUUCAGUAACAAUCCUUAAAUUCACCUAAAUCAUCCACCACAUGUCUAGAGGGUCCAGAAGUGAAUGUCAACGUGCCUUUGUCUUCUCUUAAGAUGAGUUUGAGACACUUUCACCUUUCUGAGUUGCAUUUCAGCAUUAAGUUGUUUUGGUGUUUGAAGCGCUACUACAUUAUUACUUUAAACUUUUUUUUUUAAAACUCCCUAAAAACACAAGCAGCUGUAUGUGUCAUGUCUUUGUUGUCUAACGAGAAGUUGGUUAUAAAAUAUUGACCUUAGGACCACAGACAGAGAGACAGACAGUAAAACUGUAUGCAACUGUAGAACCUGGAAAGCACAUGGCACUUUUUUUUCUGUUUUGCAUUUGACAAUGACAUCACAUGUUUCGGUGGGUGUAUCUUAUAACUAAGGGUUGUGUGUGUGUGUGUGUCCUGUCUGUCUGUCUGUCUGUCUGUCUGUCUGUCUGUCUGUCUGUCUGUAUAUCAUGAUAAACCUUACAAGAACUGUGUGUGCUCCAGACCUGCUGUAGCACGGGGGGUGUUUAUUUCGAGUAGCGUUACAUAAGCAGCAGAGAAGAGAAGGGCAGAGGCCUAAUAGGCUUGCUCUGCCACCCUUCUUACUUACUACAGCGUGACUCAAAUGUCACAGGGUUCUGGGUACUUCAUGUACAGAACCUUCCUGUCCAGUGAUAUAAUGUACUGCAGUCAUAAGACACCAGUAGUACUGACCAGUGACCAUUUUAAAGAUGACCAAAGAUGUGGAAAAGUAUUCCUGGAUGUGUAUUUAUUGGUUACACAUUUAGAAAGAGUUAUGAAUAUGAAUCUAUGUGCUUGUUGUAUCAUGCCAAGUUAAAAUAUUGCUCUGAAUAAAUUAUUACUGUAAUCCA